CCCCCCUCCUCCGUCUAUGCCGCAACUGGACGGUAAUGGUACCUUUUGUCCUUUUGCCUGCUGGUCCUGCUGCUCACAGCGGACAUUUGCCCCCAAAAGGGACUUUUUGUACGCCUACAGCACGGCUUGCUCACUAAUAGGGCCACGGAAGGACCGCCUGUUACGGCGUUAGGGGCACCUUUGGUGGGCUCGGCAUGCGCGCAUGUCUUUUUUCGUAGCGUUGCAUCCAACCCGACAAUCUUUACUUGCCCCAGACAAGUCGUUCCCCCAGCGCAUUUGCCCACCGCUUCACUAUUGUCCAACCUGCCACUCCACCCGUUGGUGCUCCUUUGGAACCUUUUUUUCUCUGGAAUCUUACAGGCCUUGCGCCAAUUAGCGUCUACCACAGCGCCUGGCUAAAUUCUCCGCUGCUCCAUCGUGCGUCGUCUGCAGCCCCCACGCCCGCCGACGCCUACUUCUCAUCGAGCCUCUGCCACUUGCCAGCCUACUCUUCCUUCUUCACAACCUCGCCAACCUCAACAUCGUCAACUAGCCGUUGUGUUCGCUCUAUUCGACCCUCGCCUUUCCGCUGCUUCGCCUAAAAGGAUUAUAAGGCCGUCCCCUCUUUACUUGGUUCACAUAACCCCCCUGCUACUGCUACCUUGGUCCCGCUUCAUCCGGCCCGAUCGACCUCUCUUGCUCUUGGCCCCAAAGUCAAACUCAAAACCACCACCAUCGCCAACCCGUCCCGUCCUUGCUGAAACGGUAUUCCACCUUCUCUCGUCUCUCGUCAGCAUCCACGGAUAGGCCGACAUGUUUAACCUUUGCCCUGAAUAGCAAGAUAGGGAGGGAAACUUUGAUUUGGACCACAUCUGAAACGUAUCACCGGCCCUAAUCGCCAGGACGUUGAGGCUCUGCGAGGUGCCUCAAUGUCCAGAAACGGCCACAUGCCCGUACCAUCGUCAGCAUCGAUCUCGCAGCAUAUAACCCGCGCGCCGCCCCCCAUGGAGUCGCGCGGGCCUCCGCAAAGGAGCGACGAUGCUCAGCGCUCUCCAUCACCUCCACGUCUUAGACGCCGCAUGUCCAUGGACGAGGACUUCUUCUACCAAAACGUAAUGUCGCAACAGUGCCGACCCUUCCACCCGCCGUCCUACAAUGACGCUACGAAUCCAUCUCCGUCUCCCAAUGAUGGUAACCUCCGUCGACCGUCUACGGCAAGCGUGGACGACCCGCUUCCCCCGUAUUCCAACUCGCUCGUCAUGCAGGCCGUGUUUAGCAAAAAGCACGAAAUUGAAAACACCACUAAGCGAGCCGAAGAUCGCCGCUGGCACAACACAAUGGUGGUGCUAAACGGUACCGCUCUUGAACUAUACAACGUCAAGAAGGACUGGGGCUGGGGCCGAUCCCGAGACGGACCCAGCAUUAACCCGGACAACCCUCCGUGGAUUAAAAAGGCAAAGCUAGAGAAGACGUAUAGUUUAUUGCACGCUGAUGCUGGCAUCGCUGCUGACUACAAAAAACGCCGUUAUGUCAUUCGCAUCCGUGCAGAGACUGACCAGUUCCUACUUGCAUGCGUCGAACUGAGCACCUUUGUCAGAUGGCUCCAGGCCCUUUUUGCCGCCAUAGACAUCGCGGCACCUAUUGAUGACCGUGACUUUCCCCGUGAUAUGUCCAUCCCUCGCAUUCAGCGAGUCCGUUUCUACCGCGGCAUGUCGCCCACUCGAGCCCGAAGCAAUAGCCGCGGCUCCAGAGCGGAAGCAGACAAUGCUGGUGAGGGAGAGCCUUCCGCAAGAACUGCGUCUCGUCGGUCAUCUGCGGCAUCACCCCAUGUUGACCUGAUGGCCGCAGCUACCGAGGAUGGAGGCGAGGCUGCUAUCGAAGACCCAUCGGAUGAUGAGGCCGCGGAUGAUGACUUGCACGACUCCGACUCGGAAGGUGAAAACCCUCACGGCCUAGGGCCUCGACUGGUUCACAGACUGAGCGCUACAUCAUAUCACAAUGUGUCCAUCAACCCGCACUCUGGAAAGUGGUUCCCGGAUCACCGAUGGACCGAGGCCCAUGAUAUGCUGUACGCCAAGCUCUGCUUCAACAAUCUCUUGUUCCGCAGCCCACGCAAGUCCAACUACAUUAUCAGCAAAGGCAAGCAGUGGUUUGUCGAUUGGACGACGGGCAAGAUGGUUCGAGUGCUCCCUCCGGCAUACGGAGAAGUCGACUACUUCGGACCUUGGCAAGUGAUUCACACAGAAAACAUGAGAAUUUAGAAUGAUUUCGUGUUAUUCUUGUUUCUCAUAACGACACGCAACGACGACAUGUACCUCAACGGCCCACGGGAGUUUUCAUGUGGGCCACUACAAACAAAGCCUAAAGAGGCUAUUAUAGAGAUGGUAGGGUAGGCCGAUAUAGGCGGACUGGCGUUAUUCCUGGGGGCAUUCUUUUCUGCAUCAGCGGCGUACUUUAUUUGCUCGCUUCCUUUCUUCUUUUCUCUGCGACAAAAAACCCGGCUUCAAGUUGCGACCGUUUUAGCGACGCGAACGCCUCGCCUCGCAACACAGACAUUCGUUUACAUCGACAAGCUGGAGUGGCAAGGCGCCAGUACUACACUCUGUAUAUACCAGCUGGUACUACGACCUUCUUCCCGCUUGUCCUUUUCACUCUUUCUCUUCUUGUUCCUUUCUUGUCUCUAUUUUUUGUAUAUAUUUUUGGUAGACUAAAUCAACCCAGCGGCUACAUGACCGCAUCUUC